CAUUCUCGGAGCAGGAACGCGAGCUCCGGCGCCUAGGAUCGGGCUCGGCCCGAGCCCAUGGCGAGUGCGGCCUGCCUGGGUCCUGGAGACCCUGCCAUGUGAAGCAGGCCCGGGCUGGGCCCCGGCCAUGGCAGGAGAACGGCCCCCACUGCGGGGCCCUGGGCCCGGGCCCGGCGAGGCGCCGGGGGAGGGCCCCCCAGGGCCGGGGGCCACAGGCGGAGGCCCGGGCCGGGGCCGUCCCUCCUCCUACCGGGCUCUCCGUAGCGCCGUGUCCAGCCUGGCGCGUGUGGACGAUUUCCACUGCGCGGAGAAGAUCGGGGCCGGCUUCUUCUCUGAGGUCUACAAGGUCCGACACCGACAGUCAGGGCAAGUCAUGGUGCUGAAGAUGAACAGGCUCCCCAGUAACCGGGGAAACACGCUACGCGAGGUGCAGCUGAUGAACCGGCUCCGUCAUCCCAACAUCCUGAGGUUUAUGGGCGUCUGUGUACACCAGGGGCAGCUGCACGCUCUCACAGAGUACAUGAAUGGGGGAACCCUGGAACAGCUGCUCAGCUCCCCUGAGCCCCUGUCCUGGCCUAUCAGGCUCCACCUGGCUCUGGACAUUGCCCGAGGCCUACGGUAUCUUCAUGCCAAAGGUGUAUUCCACCGAGACUUGACAUCUAAGAACUGUCUGGUCCGACGGGAAGACCAAGGCUUCACAGCUGUUGUGGGUGACUUUGGGCUGGCUGAAAAGAUUCCUGUGUAUAGGGAAGGGGCAAGGAAGGAGCCACUGGCUGUGGUGGGUUCCCCAUACUGGAUGGCUCCAGAGGUAUUGCGGGGUGAGCUGUAUGACGAAAAGGCUGAUGUCUUUGCCUUUGGGAUUGUCCUCUGUGAGCUCAUCGCCCGAGUACCUGCAGACCCUGACUACCUGCCCCGUACAGAGGACUUUGGUCUGGAUGUGCCAGCUUUCCGAACCCUGGUGGGAGAUGACUGCCCACUGCCUUUCCUGCUCCUGGCCAUCCACUGCUGCAAUAUGGAACCCAGUGCCCGUGCCCCCUUCACUGAAAUCACCCAACACCUGGAAUGGAUCCUCGAGCAGCUGCCUGAGCCAGCCCCUGUCAUCAGGGCUCCGCUGACAUACAACCAGGGGUCUCAUCUAAGAGGGGGUCCUUCUGCCACACUUCCCAGGCCAGACCCCCGGCUCUCCCGAAGCCGGUCAGACCUCUUCCUGCCCCCAUCACCAGGAUCACCCCCCAACUGGGGGGACAGUCUUACUCGAGUCAACCCUUUCUCACUACGGGAAGACCUCAGGGGUGGCAAGAUCAAGCUUCUGGACACACCCAGCAAGCCAGUCACCCCUCUGCCCCUUGUACCACCAUCACCACUGACCUCUACCCACCCGCCCUUGGUGACUACUCCAGAGAUCGUGAUCCAGCCUGGGACACCUGCCCGCCGCUGCCGCUCCUUGCCCUCAUCUCCUGAGCUCCCCCGACGUAUGGAAACAGCACUGCCAGGUCUUGGCCCUCCCCCUACAGGCCCCUCGACUGAAGAAAGUAUGGAGUGUGAGGGCAGCAGCCCUGAGCCAGAACCCCCAGGACCAGCUCCUCAGCUGCCUUUAGCCGUGGCCACAGACAACUUCAUCAGCACGUGUUCCUCUGCCUCUCAACCCUGGUCUCCCCGAUCAGGACUUCCCCUCAAUAACAACCCACCAGCUGUAGUAGUAAACUCUCCACAAGGCUGGGCUGGGGAGCCCUGGAACAGGGCUCAGCAUAGCCUGCCCCGGGCGGCAGCUCUGGAACGGACAGAACCUUCGCCACCUCCUUCAGCACCCCGGGAGCCUGAUGAGGGGCUGCCCUGUCCUGGCUGUUGCCUCGGCCCCUUCAGCUUUGGCUUCCUGUCCAUGUGCCCCCGCCCCACACCAGCUGUUGCCCGCUACCGCAACCUGAACUGUGAGGCCGGCAGUCUCCUCUGCCACCGAGGGCACCAUGCCAAGCCACCCACACCCAGUCUGAAGCUGCCUGGGGCACGCUCUUAGCAAUGGGGCCUGUGGUCUCAGGUCUCCAACUUGGACUUCAGGACACUUUGUGAGGACAGAGUACAAAUGCUGGACAGUGCCAACCCCAAAUGGGCGACUAGCCCUUCUCCCGAUACAGGGGAGUCUGAGUUUGGACUCAAGAGAUCGAGCACUUCUUGUCUUGUCCAAGUCCCUGGGCUCUCUCUCCCGUGGGGAUCCCUGAACCAGACACAGCAUUGCGGACACACGAGACUAACACCACGUGCAAACUAUUUAAAAGUAUUUCAAUAAAAUUGCCUGGCUGGCUCCGGGCUGCCCCU